AUGCCGUAUGAACUAGUGGUUGCAUGCCUGUUCGUGCAUAUUAAUUUACCUGGCUGCAGCUGGUUGGACAAUAAUAAGCUGACAUCUGUACCAGAUUUGACAGGUCCUAAGACUUUAAGUUCCUUACACCUACAAGAGAAUGAGAUCACAGAUUUAUCAAGAAUUGCCACUUCUGGAAUUGGACACGUUUAUAACCUAUUGUUGUCUAACAAUAGGAUCGAUCACCUUCCACCGAACAUAUUUCACAAUACUCUCGUAAUAGGGAGCCUUGAUUUGUCAUUCAAUAAAUUGAAGUCAUUACCAGAUGGAAUAUUUAAUGGACUCGAUCAAUUAAAGAUUCUGGUGCUAACCUUCAACAACAUCACUCACAUUAACAGACGCACAUUCAGUGGACUUUCCAGCUUGACCACACUACUGCUGAUCAAAAACAAACUUACAUUUAUUGCCAAAGACGUUUUUGAUGAGACUCCCAGCCUGAAAUCAUUGUUUCUUCACAGUAAUGCAAUUACAAACAUUGAAAAGGAGACUUUUGACAGACUCGACCUGAGCCAGUUAACCAUCUUUGAUAAUCCUUUAAACUCAUUACCAGACGGAAUAUUCGACAGAAUGGCAAAUGAAACCCAAGUGUAA